AGUCAGAAGUGUCCCAGACAAUGAUGAGGAACUAAGUUAUAAUUCAGUCAAUUGAUAUAGUUCCAUCGGGAAAGUCGUUCGGAAGUGCUCCAUCAAAAAUAAAUCCAAAUCGAAACCGUUUCAAAUUAUAUAUAUUUUUUAACAAUGGGUGAAAAAGCAAUGCGUUACGUAAAACAGAAUCUUUUGGCGAUUCUCACCGUCGCGGGUGUUGUGGCAGGAAUUGUUCUUGGAAUAAUCCUCCAUGCCACAAGUUCUGGUGCAUGGACUUCCAGGAAUGUCAUGUACAUGCAAUACAUUGGUGAUCUAUUUCUACAAAUGCUACGUGGAUUAGUUCUCCCACUGAUCAUCUCUGCUCUUGUAGCAGCAGUCAGUAGCAUGGAUCUAUCAAUGUCUGGGAGAAUAGGAGGACUAGCUGUUGCUUACUAUCUUUUAACAACAAUUCUUGCUAUUGCUCUUGGUGUAAUCCUUGCGAUUACAAUUAAACCAGGUGUUAAUCAUAGUGUUGAGGGUGAAGUGGAAGAAGUCAUCAGCCGCAAUGUUACAACAGCCGAUACAUUAAUGGAUUUAAUACGGAAUCUUUUUCCACCGAAUUAUGUGCAGGCUACACUCCAACAAUAUCAGACUGAACUCAUUCCUCCGUCUGAGAAUGAUACAGAAGCACUUAUGGACAUAAAUUUGUGGAAAGUUCACGGAAUUUUUAUCAAUAGCACAAACAUUUUGGGCCUUGUAAUGGCAUCAAUUAUCUUUGGCAUUGCCCUAAGUUCAACGAGAAAAGAAACAGCAACUGUGUCAAAUUUCUUUAGAGAACUGAACAUACUGAUGAUGAAGAUUACUCGAUGGGUUAUUUGGUUUUCUCCAGUCGGUGUACUCUUCCUAAUCUGUGCCAAGUUCAUUGAAUCUGAUAAUUUGGAUGUUUUCUUACGUCUUGGCAUCUAUUUCGGCACAGUCUUGGGCGGAAUUCUCUUUCAUGGCUUUGUAGUUCUUCCCCUGAUAUACUACUGCCUUACAAGAAAGAACCCGUAUAUUCUUGUUCGACACAUGGGUCAAGCUAUAGCCACAGCCUUUGGAACUUCAUCCAGUUCAGCUACAAUUCCCGUGACACUUCAGUGUCUGGAGGAGAAUCAUGGAGUUGAUCCUCGUAUAAGUAGAUUUAUGAUACCAAUUGGAGCUACGAUCAAUAUGGAUGGAACAGCUCUCUAUGAAGCCGUAGCAGUUAUCUUUAUUGCUCAGCUUCGCAAUGUACCUAUGUCCUUUGUGGACAUCCUGGCCAUAAGUCUAACAGCAACUGCUGCGAGUAUCGGAGCAGCUAGUAUACCACAGGCUGGAUUGGUGACUAUGGUAAUGGUUUUAGAUGUUGUAGGCCUUCCGGCAGAAGAUGUAAGUAUUAUCGUAGCUGUAGACUGGCUACUUGAUCGCUUCCGGACUGUGAUAAAUGUCAUUGGGGACUCUUUUGGAGUCGGAAUUGUUGGAAAUUAUAGCAAAAAGUUCCUCAAACAACUUGAUAGUCAGCAGUUUAACGACAGCAAUGUGGAAUUGCACGAAAGGUUGUAAAUGACAGGCCAUUAAAAUUGUGAGAUAAGCCCCUUCAAUAGUUUGAUUUUUCAGUUUUUAGAAAAAUUGUUUUUUUUUUUAAAUAAAGUUAUCUAUUUGGCUAUU